GAACCAAGCAUUUAUGUUGUUUCGAUGUAAUGGUGUAAAUAAAAUCAGUGAAUCUGUGACAGAAUGCGUGGAAAAUAGUACUCAACUCUUCAUGAAGCGCCUUUCUUUUAAACACAAUUAGAAAACCAAGUCGAAACGGAAAUACACGUUAAAAUUAGGGUUAUAACGUUUAUUGAAUAGAUUUGUUUUCUUCAAAAGAUCCUGUUACUCGUGACAAUCUGGAGGAACAAUUAAUAGACAUACAGACUAUGAAAAGAUGAAAGAAAGCACAAGUAGUUCAGUUGAUUGACUGGCUGUAACCAUCAUGGAUAAACGAAUGAUUAACAAAGGGGGAAGGCUGUUAGAAUGCCCCAUCCUUCGAGCGGCGGCGACGCCCCUCGCGCCGCGCGUGGAGUGCUCCGUGUUCGGCUGCCGCAGCUCCGAGCGCGACCACGUCAGCUUCCAUCCACUGCCACAAGAUCCUGACAGAUGCAGCCAAUGGCUGGAGCUUAUCAACAGACAAGACCUCACCAACAAGUUUGACACCAGACAACAUGCCAUGGUAUGCUCCAUGCAUUUCCUGCCGGAACAAAUAGUCAACGGAGUUCUGGUUCCUAACGCUCUACCAUCGCUGGUAUUGCCUUCAACGAAACAUCAGUUCGUAUUAGACGGUUCUGCAGACUUGCUGUCAGAGCCACUGAAAGUUGAAGCUGAUCUCGACAUUGACAUCAAAUCUGAACCCGAGGCCCCACCGACCUGCAACAUUGUCGAGAAACCUCAACCAUCUCCGGGCCAGACUGAAAUUAAAAAUGAACCAAACGUACAAGUUUUUCAACAUACAACACCAACAGUUAACAGUACAGGGAAAAUGUCAGUUCCACCACAAUUCAACUCAGCACCGAUACUGUUUUCAAAGUUAACUAAUCUGACUCCAGGAGUAAUCAUACUAAAUCAAAAUACUCAGAUGAUUGCACCAAUUAACGCAACACAAAUAUUCAACACAACACAAACACCAUUCAACGCAACACAAACACCAUUCAACGCAACACAAACAUCAUUGAACAUAACACUAUCACCAUUCAACGCAACACAAACAUCAAUUAACGGAACACAGACAUCAUUAAACGCAACACAAACAUCAAUUAACGGAACACAGACAUCAUUAAACGCAACACAAACAUCAAUUAACGGAACACAGACAUCAUUAAACGCAACACAAAUACCAUUGAGCGCAAAACAAACAUCAUUGAAUGCAACACAAACAUAUUUGAUUGCAACACAAACAUCAUCGAACGCAACACAAUCAUUGAAGGCAACACACAUAUCAUUGAACGCAACACAAACAUCAGUGAACUCAGCACAAACAUCAGUGAACGCAACACAAAUACCAUUGAACGCAACACAUAUACUAUUCAACCCAGCACAAAUACCAUUCAACACAGCACAAAUACCAUUAAACCCAAUACAAAUAUCAUUUAACCCCACACAAAUACCAUUAAAGCAGAAACAAACAAAAUUAAUCGCAGCAAAAAUACCAAUCAAAGCUCUAGGGCCACACCAAUUCAAAACUCGUCAAAUACCCAACAAACCAGAAUUGCCAGAACCAACUUACUUAGACCACCAAGUCAACAUUGGAACUCAGACCGAUAUCAGAGAAGCUUUCUAUAGAAAAGCAACAUUCUCCGCUGUAGAACAUAUCAAUAUACCACCUCCUAAAGAUAAUCGAUUAGCAGAUAUAAUGAACAGAUCAGUCGCCUCUCAAACUACUCCAGAGCUAGUUGAAGUAUUUAUUGAAGAUGUCAGGAAGAAACUUGGAAAAGAAUUAGAUGAAGCCAAUAGAAAGUUACAUGGAGCCGAAAACCCUACUAUGGAGAAGACACAGUUUCUAAAAGGAUGCGAUAAAUAUUUAGAUGAAAAGAUAGCUAAUUUCGUUAAAUCUCAUUCUUAUCUGUCAAAUAAGUUUGUUGGAAAUAAGUAUCCAAUGGAUUUUAAGAUUUUUGCACUGAAAUUGCAUUUAUGGAAUCCUAAAUCUUAUAAAUUCGUUGAGAAAUUCUUCGAUUUGCCUUCUAAAGAUGUUAUAAAACGGUUCAGGAUGCCGGUGAGAAGUGGAAUCAACCAGAGCCUAAUGGAGGCGUUGAAAGUUAAAAUAGAUCAAAUGUCGAUAUUGGGUAAGAAGUGUGUUGUGUGUUUUGAUGUUGUUCAGCUAAAAAAGAAUUUAUAUUAUGAUGUGGGUCUUGAUUAUUUGUGUGGACUGGAAGAAAUAGAUGGUGUUGUAGGAGAGAAGCAAGCGGAGUGUGCUGUUUUAAUUGCAGUUCGAGGACUUUAUACUAGAUGGAAACAACCAGUAUCCUUCGCUUUGGUGUCUGAGGAACGAAGACACCCACAGAUACAAGCGUGGCUACAUAAAACCAUAGAAUAUCUCAUCGAUAUGGGUUUAAAUGUUAAGGCAUUAAUAACAAGCCCAGAUGAGGAAUUUCUAGAAUAUCCCAAAGAGCCUUAUUUUGAAUUAAAAGGAGGAAAAAUUUAUAACAUAAUUGACUUUCCAGAUCUUUUAAAAACCGCUAGAGACGAAUUAAUAGAAAAUGAUUUCCAUAUAGGUAGCACUGUUAUUAAAUGGGAGCAUGUUCUAAAUGUCUAUCAUUCUGAUAAGACACAGGAAUUAAAGUUACUGUCAAACUUGACAGAUAAACAUGUCAGACCUGACGAAACGUCAAAGGAUGAUGUUAAAUUGGUCAAGCAACUUUUUAGUAGUGAUUUAGCUGCUGCUAUGCAUUUUUAUGUACUUGCUCGCUUGCAAAAUAAAGAAACUAAAGCUACAGUUAAAUUUAUGAAAAAUAUGAAGGAAUUAUAUGAAAUCUUGUAUUCAAGAAGUUUAUCAAAUGCUUAUAGAUCAACGACUGCACAAAAUAAAUUCUUGAAUGAAAUUUUAGAAUAUUUCAAAACAAUACAAACGAAAAACAGUCAUGGGAAUGUUAAUGAAGGAAAAUUCGUCUCUGGACUGAAAUUUACACUCAAAUCUAUCAAGUCUUUGGCAGCAGAUUUAAAGAAAUGUAAUGUUAAUUAUUUAGUAACAAAGAAUCUUAGCAAAGAUUUUAUGCAAGACUAUUUCAAAGAUGUUAAACGUGCAUGUGAGCUACCAAGUCCUAUUGAAUUUACUAGAGGAUUCAGAAAACUAUUAUUGAGUAAUAUAUUGAAUAACACAAAAAAUACUGCAACUGGAGAUGAUAUGAUGGGGACUUUAGUCAAAAUAUCUGAAUAUGUCAAAGCAGAUAUGAAUAAAAAAGAGCAAACAGACGAUACUCGUUUAAAUAUAGGUAUCAACGACUAUAAGAUUCGCUGGCCUUCAAAUGAGUACAUAGCUGGAUAUAUUCUACACAAGUGUCUUGAAAAACAUACGUGUGAGAAGUCUGUAAAAAAUAUAUGUGAUUAUUAUAAAUUUGAAAAACAAAACGGUGAUGUACUGAUAGAGACAUUUCAGUGUUAUAAUGGUAAAAAUGUUGAUAAAUUUUGUAAUGUUCGGCCCCCGGUACAAUUACAAGAAUUCGUAAAUUUAAUGGAAAAGAGAUUUAACGAAUAUUAUUAUAGUGUGAAUAAAAAUAAUAUGAAUUUUGGUUGGAAUUUGUAUUGUAUUAUAGAGAAAGAUUCCUUUAAAAUGCCGUGUGAAUGUUUUCCUAAUAAGUUUUUGAGAAUGUUGUAUAUUCGGCUUAAGAUAUUCAGUAGUGUUAAGGAGUAUAAUAAGAUUAACAAAACUAAAAGAUGAAUGCUUAAUUUAAGGUAAAUAAAAUGAAUAUAUUUGAUCAGA